AGUAGAGUAGAGUUAGAGUAGAUCCCUCCCUUUCUCCCCUUCCUCCUCUGGGGGAGUGGAGGGCCAGUCACAGCCGGUCAACCAAUCGCUUAGCUUCCUGACGCCUGCAUUGCUUGCUGCCAGACUAGGCAACUACCGCGAGCCCAGAGAGAACAGAGAGAGCAGACGAGCGGGAGAUGAGGACCUCGGUGUCGGAGCGCAGCUUCAUCAUCGAGAGCGACGACGACGACCACCACCCCCAAUCCCAAUCCGCUUCCGUCAACCCGGCAAGAAGACGCGGCCGUGAUGACCAGGAGCAGGAGGAGGACGAAGACGAUCAUCAUCACGACUCGGGCUCCGACUCCGACUCUGACUCCGACUCCUCCUCCUGCGCCACCCCACGCCGCGGCCCCAGCUCCUCCUCCUACACCCAACAAUGGCCGCAGAGCUACAGGCAAUCGAUUGACAUUUUUAGUAGCGUGCAGUCACCCAAUCUGAGUUUCUUAGGGACACCAACUCUAAGCAGAUUGUCCAACUCUUUCCUCACCAACUCUUUUCGGGGAAAACCCCCUGAAAUCAUCUCUAUUCUUGCCAAGCCACUCCUGCGCCCCACUACAAGUGAUGAGCAGCAGCAGCAGCAACAUGAAGAUACCCGAAAGAGCUCCCGGUACCUUCUGCCCUCAAGAAAACCAUCUUUGCAACAAAUCCCUGAAGAUAAAAAACCCUUGGUAGUUGGUCAUGAGGUGUCUCCUUAUAAAAAAUGCUCUUACAUCCAGGGAGUGGUGAAUGGAAUAAAUGUUCUAUGUGGUGUGGGAAUCCUAUCAACACCCUAUGCCAUUAAACAAGGGGGCUGGCUAGGACUGGUGAUACUCUAUUUAUUUGCUCUGCUCGCAUGGUAUACUGGUGUGCUCCUGCGCUGUUGCCUGGACAGCAAGGAGGGCCUUGAGACAUACCCAGAUAUUGGCCAUGCCGCCUUUGGCACCGCCGGUCGUAUAGCCAUCUCGAUAAUCCUGUAUGUGGAAUUGUAUGCCUGUUGCAUCGAGUACUUGAUAUUGGAGAGCGACAAUUUAUCAAAAUUAUUCCCCAAUGCACACCUGACCAUUGGGAGCUUGACACUGAACUCUCAUGUAUUUUUUGCAAUCUUGACUACCAUCAUUGUCAUGCCGACCACUUGGCUCCGUGACCUCAGCUGUCUGAGCUAUCUUUCAGCUGGAGGUGUCAUUGCAUCAAUCCUUGUAGUCAUCUGCCUAUUCUGGAUUGGGGUUGUUGAUAAUGUUGGCUUCGAGAACAAAGGGACUGCGCUGAACUUCCCAGGAAUUCCUAUUGCGAUUGGAUUGUAUGGUUAUUGCUACUCAGGGCAUGGGGUGUUUCCGAACAUCUAUUCUUCUCUGAAGAAUCGCAACCAGUUCCCUUCAAUUCUUUUUACUUGCAUUGGGCUAUCUACCGUUUUGUUUGCCGGUGCUGCGGUGAUGGGAUACAAAAUGUUUGGUGAAGCCACAGAGUCUCAAUUCACACUCAACUUACCGGAGAAUUUAGUGGUUUCAAAGGUUGCAGUUUGGGCUACGGUGGCAAAUCCAAUAACCAAAUAUGCACUAACCAUAAUUCCACUGGCUAUGAGUUUGGAAGAGUUACUACCACCACAUCAACAGAAUUACUCGAACAUAAUCAUGCUUAGAUCAGCCCUGGUUGUGUCAACCCUCCUCAUCGCUCUAUCUGUACCCUUUUUUGGACUUGUGAUGGCCUUGGUUGGUUCUCUGCUCUCCAUGCUUGUGACCUAUAUUCUACCUUGCACUUGCUUUUUGGCAAUCCUCAAGAGGAAAGUGACUUGGUAUCAGAUAGCAGCUUGCUCAUUCAUCAUCGUGGUCGGCGUUUGCUGCGCGUGCGUGGGGACAUACUCAUCCCUGUCCAGGAUAAUCCAGAAGUACUGAGUGGACAUAACACAGCUGUUCCUGUUAUCCUACAUAUACACCCCCUCCUCCCCCCCAAUAAUAUUAUGCGUGCGAUAUGAGCCAAACAUAUACAGUACAAUUUUGCCAGCAAUAUAGUCAAUUUGAUGUAUAAUAAAAUUGCGGCAUGUCAAGCUGCUUGCAUGUUAAUGGAUCAAUAGUAUGUAGUGUUGUAAAUACUCUCUUUGGUUUUUAUAAGAUAGUGCAGUAGGGGACUCCCCUCCUGAUUCAGUAAAAAACAAACAAUAUGAAGUGAGGUUUUAUCAUGCAUAAAUAAUAAUAUCUAUUUAUUGGUGCAAAAA